AUGGGCUUAGUACAGUAUUCAGACUCCGAGGGCUCAGAUGAUGAGGAACAGCCUCAAGUCACUCAACCAACUACCAAACCUCAACCACCAGCUCCAGAGACAAAACCAUCCCAAUCCGACCAGAAAUUCUCAUCAAUCGUAGACCGCGGAAACCCACGCAAAAUCCGAGUCGCACUCCCCUCGAUCAAACCAGAAACUCAAGCCGAUAACCUUGAAAAUGAUGAUCAAGACGGACCUGCAAGAAAGAAACCUCGAACAACCGGUGGCGGAAUAUUCUCUGGAUUCAAUUCGAUCCUCCCGACGCCGAAACGCGCAAAUCUACCUACUACAUCUGGCGGGAAUGCAAGCAAGAGUACAAAGGUUUUCAAUUUGAAGACUGGUGCCGGUCCGGGGUUUGAUCGGCAGGCGGAUGCUGAAUGGUGUCAGGAGCAGGCUCUUAAUCAAGCUUCGACAGGAGGCGCGGAGGAUGAUACGAUACCGAAACCUGGAAGUUUGCGCAAUGAUGCGAAAGAAGGUAGUCUACUGAGAGAGGAAGAUUACAAGAAGAAGGGCAAUGCGAUGAUGUUUAAGCCGCUAUCUGUGGCGCGCAAUGGGCCGAAGAAAAAGUCUGCUGCAUUUGUGGCAGCUCGGGCAGCAGCAGCAGCAGGUACUGCCAGUGCCGUACAGAAGCCGAGUAGCGCAGAUAAUCUUCCUUCAGAGAAAGAUGCUUCCAUACCAGCUGCCACUGUGACCGCAGCCGCAGCUCCAGUCAAACCAAAAGUUAGCCUUUUUUCAUUUUCAAGUGAAGAAAAGGCUGCGCCGACCCCAUCAACAAGCAGAUACGAAUCAAUCGUAUACAACCCUGAAUUCGCCAACGAACCUUCCACCAUAGAAGAAGACAUCUCCACACUAGAACAACACAACCAACCCUCCACCUCCUACCCAACCCCCUCAACCCAACAACAAUCAACCCUCGACGCCAUCGCCAACGACCUAAACCUCUCCCGUGCCCAACGGCGACAACUACUCGGCCGAAACACAGCAGCACAAACCAACUCUCGAAUACUAACAUUCAACACCGAUGCAGAGUACGCAUCAAAUCAGGAGAUACUUUCCAGGACUACGGAAGAAGAACUUGCUGCUCAACAACAUAACCCUGUUCGAGCAAUUGCGCCGGGUAAGCACUCUUUAAGGCAACUUGUGCAGGCGGCGAAUUCGCAGAAGGAUGCGCUUGAGGAUAGUUUUGCGGCUGGAAGGAGGAAUAAGAAGGAAGCUGGAUCUAGGUAUGGUUGGUGA